GUUAGCAUCAGUCAGACUUUAAGUUUAAAGGAGUUCACUACAGCAUCACAAGAACUGCAAACCUAGCAACAUGUUCAAAUACAUCACUUUUGUCGCACUCUUCGCCAUCGCCACCGCUGCUCCCGGUUUCAUCGCUCAACCCGUUGUGGCCAAAGUUGGUGCCGUUGUUCACACCGUUCCAUCUGCCACCUCCCACCAGAGCAUCAUUCAAGUGCACAAUAAUGCCCACAUUGUUACACCUGUUGUGAAGGCUGUGGCUCCAGUGGUUCAUGUUGCUCCAGUUGUGAAGACCUACUCUGCACCUGUCAUUCCAGUAGUGAAGACCGUCGCCCCAGUAGUCCCUGUAGUUCACGCUGCUCCUGUGGUUCCAGUAGUCAAGACUGUUGCUCCAGUCGUCCCAGUAGUGAAGACCUACUCCGCCCCGGUGGUUCAUCAUGUUCCAGUUGUGAAGUCGGUUGUUGCCCCCGUGGUGCCAGUGGUUCAUGCUGCUCCAGUUGUAAAAUCAGUUUUCUCAGCUCCUGUUGCUCACUUUGUUCAUCAUUAAAUUCACGUUUUGUGUUCAUUGAUAACUUUUACACAUUUUAAAUAAAUAUUUAACAUAUUGUUGAAAUUACUUUGAAACGAUUUACAUGGUGCGUUCCAAA